AUGAAGGUGAAAGCAUGUGUGCAGAGUAAAAAGGGAAAACAAGAAAUCACACAUAGAAGUGAUGAGAGAGAGAGAAAUUUGGGGGAGACCCAUGUCAUUGAACUACAUAGUAUUACUUCGAUUGUGAGAUUUCUAUACUAUUUAUUCGCCGUCUAUACGAUUUAUUCGUCGUCUAUACUAUCGCAGGUCCAAAUUAUACAUAUUGUUAUGAUGUCGCCACCCGUACACACGGUUGGAAUGGAUGUGGAUGAGAUAAAUGCUACUCAAGAUCGGCAAAGACGAACUGCAGAUUACAGCUGA